AUCAGGCGCAAACAUGCCAGACACACGGGAACGCUGCAUACCCUAAACAUGCCUUAAGCGUCCUGUGCCCGCCCGGAUUCGCUCCUCUCCCGGUCUCCACCAUGCACCGCGCCUACCAACCGAUUCUGCCCACUGGAAACAAAUACCUGCAGGAGAAAUGGGACCGAGUUUGUUACCAUGAGCACCGGCGAAAGGUCAAGGAUGCAAAGUCAACAGUUGACAACCAUUCUCCUGAGACCUAUUCUCAUCUUAAUUUGAAAUUUAAGAAGCUGAAGCUUGAGGAAGAUAGACUGUCCAUCAUUGAAAGAGAUAACCAGCUGUUGCUUCAAAAGAUGUCAACAAUCAUGAGGACCACAGGCCGAAUUGACAAUAAAAAUGAGUAUAAAUUGAAAAGUUUAAACAGUGAAAAACGUCACCGAGAACAGCUGAGAGUCAAUCAAGAAAAUAAGACAAUGAAGGAACGCCUCAAGCUGGUCCAGCCUCAAUACAAUCAUCUGAAAUGGCAUGAAGACUGGUAUAAAGCUGAGAAGCUCAUGGACCAUAUUGCUCACUAUCCUCGUGGCUGGUACAAUGGACAGAACUCAAAGACAAAAUCUGAAGCUGUCAGAUCCGCACCAGCGAGAGGAACCAACAAAAGUAUAAAUAUACAACCAAGGGGCUCACAGUAAAAGUCAACAGGAAACAUGGAACCAAGUGACAUGAAUCAACUCCACAAUAUCCUCAAUUCUAAUCCCCAUUGUUCACAUUAGUACAUCUAAACAAUCUACCUUCUUUUCAAUGACAGAUAAAGCUGAAAUCCACAUUUGAUUGUGAGUGUAAUUUGCCUGUUGUACUUAGUGUGCCUUCAAGUUUUUGAAACUUGUAACGUAGACUGGACAAUCGAAUAUGCUUUCUUUGAAUUUUUCCUAAUUUUCUAUCAAGCAAGAUUCUACAUCAAGUACACUGAUUUAUUAACAAUAUCAGCAGUUUAGGAGGAUCAGCGAGUCACUGCCGCUUUGUGGGUGUGGACAAGGUUGAGUGAAGAGGGCAGUUGAGUCGGAGGUGAAUGAAGAAUGAGGGGUUAUUGGGGGAUUAUUGAGAAGAUGAGGAGAGAGGACUUUGGGGUAAGGGAGUUGGGCAAGAGGGGUAGAAUGAAGAGGCAAUGGUGGAAGACAUAUUGGCUGAGGAAGUGGAUAUGGGCAACUGGACUCUAGGGUGGCAUUAGGGAUUAUGCUCUGAUGAUGGAAGCAAAGCAUUGGUGGUUUAAAGGGCUUAUGGCAAGGGAAGGGAGCACUGAGUAGAGACAUUGAGAGGGUGGAAGAGGAUUUGAGGGGGAGUUGGUGGGUGAGGUUGAUUAGAUGUGAAGGGGUUAUUGAGCAAUUGCGGGAAAUUGAGGGGGUGAAUAUGAUGUGGGUAGGUGGGAUUGGAGAAGAGUAAUUAUUGGGCAUGUGAACUGAUUGGGGGUUAGAGGACAUUAGACAAGGAAGGGGAAAUGGGAUGGGAUGGCGGGGGCGGGGUGCCAUAAGAAAAUUCUGGAAAAUGACUGACAUCAAUUUAAUCAAGAUAAAAAGCACAGAAACCAAGUAGAAACUGAAAACUACAAUUCCGUGGAUGCUGGAAAUCCAAGAAAAGAUCAAGAAAGACUAAAAGAGGUCACAAAGUCUGGUGGUAUCUGUCGAGAGAAA